GACACUCCAUAUGAGGGUGGUGUAUUUCUCCUUGAUAUAAAUAUUCCAACAGAUUAUCCAAUGUGUCCACCAAUGGUAAAAUUUAUAACAAAAAUCUACCAUCCAAAUAUCGAUAGAAAUGGAUUUAUAUGCUUGGAUAUUUUAAUGGACAAUUGGCGUCCUUACUUGAAUAUUGCGGGUGCACUCUUGUCAAUUGUUUCAUUUUUGACUGAUCCAAAUCCAGAUUGUGUAAUAGAUGUAAGUCCAGAAAUAUCACGUUUAUACAAGGAUGAUUAUGAUCGCUAUGAAGCUACUGUUAGGGAAUGGACUCGUAAAUAUGCUAUGGGUGAGUAUUUAAAAGGGUUGACAUUCUUAAUGUUUGUUUUUUUAUGA